CCAGGCAGGGAGGAAGGAGACUUGGAGGUGAAGAACUGUGGAGAGCAGGCUGAGGACACUCAAGAGAAGGAAACCAUCACCCCUGAGAGAGCAGAAGAGGCAAAACUGAAGGCCAAAUACCCCAACCUAGGCCAGAAGCCUGGAGGUUCUGACUUCCUCAUGAAGAGACUGCAGAAAGGGCAAAAAUACUUCGAUUCUGGUGACUACAACAUGGCCAAGGCAAAGAUGAAGAACAAGCAGUUGCCAAGUGCGGGGCCAGACAAGAACCUGGUGACAGGUGACCACAUCCCCACGCCACAGGACCUCCCGCAGAGAAAAUCCUCGCUUGUAACCAGCAAGCUGGCAGGGUAG